AUGGCGCCUACUGACGCCGACGAGACGGAGCGCGUCGGAUUCGUGCUGCAAAAACUUUCAAUCUCGCCGACGCUUUAUGAGGCACCGAAUCGACCAGAGCCACAACACUCCUCGCCUGGCUCGGUCGGGUCAGCGCCCGGCUGCGAUCGACUGGCCUCCAGUUCGAACCCAGGUGGGCCUGCUGCCGGCCGCGUUGGCUCGCCAGAGCUGCCGGGCUUGCCCAGCCUCGCUGGCGCCUUUGGCGAGGCUGGGGUGGCUGCUGGGCAUGACGACAUCGCAGCAAUGACCUCCACGCUGCGGAACAUCCGACUGGGGUUCGCACAGGAAGCCGCAGCGACCCGCGUUCAGCGGGCGAUGCGCGCGCUCCUGCUGCGCAAGGGCACCAUCAUCAUCACGAUCCUCAUCACCAAGAUACAGGCCGCUGCGCGCGGCCUCAACACUCGCACUUCUCUGAACAACUUCUUCAAGGCCUGCCCGCCUAGCGGGCGCACCGCCGACCUCUUCCUCAGCCGCGCCGCUCAGGCGGCCGCUCUCGGACGGUACAGGUUGGUCAACGCUUGGUACUACCCUCGCGGCGACUGGUACACCUUCUACUGGGACGGCAGCACGGCCGACAAGGUCGCAAGGCGCGCUACCUACCCGACGCUCGAGCACGACGACCACGACCCCGGCCCCCUCGCAGAGCGCAUCAGGCGCGACAAGCGCGAGUUCUCCAUUUUCGGCGCAGAGCGCAUCAGGCGCGACAAGCGCGAGUUCUCCGGCCGCUCCUCCGACGACUCCUCCUCCGACCGCGACUCAUGCGGCACCGGCUCCACUAGCGAGGCGAAUGACAUAUUCGACACCCUCGAAGACCAUCUCGGCUACGGUUCCGACUCCGGCUCCGGCUGGUAG